AAACAGGGAGCGGGCCGGUGGAUGACACUGAGUGUUCGAUUGAGAGUGUAAACGCGAGUUCCGUUGCAGUGACAGUGAGAUCGAUUUGAUCGAUCUAAUUUAUCGAUCGGCAGCGAUUUUUAUUGAACGCCCUCAAUAUGAAAUGGAUAUCAACUGCCGUUUGGCUUUUGGCACUCCUCUUCCAAUAUACUGUUGCUGACCAAUCCAGAGUGGUCUGUUACUGGGGAACAUGGGCCAUCUACCGUCCAGGAAUAGGAAGUUACAGUCUAAACGACAUUCCAGUGGAUUUAUGUACGCACGUCAUAUACUCAUUUAUUGGAGUUAAUAAUAACUCAUGGGACGUACUCCUCAUAGAUCCUGAGUUCGACGUUCAAGACUCUGGUUUCAAGAAUUUCACCGGUUUAAAGAAGCAAUAUCCAAACGUCAAAUUUCAAAUUGCUGUCGGCGGAUGGGCUGAAGGCGGUGAAAAAUACUCAGCAAUGGUUGCUGAUAAAUCCAGAAGAGACUCUUUUAUAAGAAGCGUCGUCAAUUUUAUGAAUGAAUAUGGAUUUGAUGGUUUUGAUCUGGAUUGGGAAUAUCCAGGAGCAGCAGAUCGUGGUGGAAAGUUCUCCGACAAGGACGUUUUCCUUUACUUUGUGCAGGAGCUGCGCAGAGCCUUUGAGAAGGAAGGAAAAGGUUGGGAAAUUACAAUGGCGGUGCCUGUUGCUAAGUUCAGGCUGGACGAAGGAUAUCACGUGCCAGAACUUUGCGAGAUCCUGGAUGCCAUUCACGUGAUGACGUACGAUUUGAGAGGUAAUUGGGCCGGAUUCGCAGAUACGCACAGCGCGCUGUACAAAAGGCCUCACGAUCAAUGGGCUUACGAGAAGCUCAAUGUGAAUGAUGGUUUACUUUUAUGGGUUAAUUAUGGUUGUUCGCCCAAAAAGCUAGUUGUUGGAGUGCCUUUCUAUGGAAGAAGCUUUACCCUUAGCCAAGGAAACAACAACUACAAUUUGGGAACUUAUAUCAACAAAGAAGCUGGUGGUGGUGAGCCAGGACCUUACACAAAUGCCACUGGAAUGUUGGCAUAUUAUGAGAUUUGUGCUGAAGUUGAUAACAAAGAAGGAGGUUGGACAAAAAAAUGGGACGAACAUGGAUUGGUGCCAUACGCCUACAAAGGAACCCAAUGGGUUGGUUACGAAGACCCAGAAAGCAUUCAGAUCAAAAUGGACUUCAUUAAAUCUAAAGGAUAUGGUGGUGCUAUGGUAUGGGCAAUCGACUUGGACGACUUCAGAGGAAUAUGUGGACCUAAAAACGUUCUUCUACACAUUCUACACGCCAACAUGAAGGGAUAUUCCGUUCCAGAGCCCACCAUUUCGACAACACCAAGGCCGGAAUGGGCUAAACCACCAAGUACCGCCUCCUCAGAUGGUUCCAAACCAGUCCAAACCACACCAAAACCAGGCCAGUGGGUUCCAGAUGCCUCUACCAGUACCAGUACUACAACUAGACGCUCUACCACUGCAUCCAGUACUACCAGCAGUAGUACCACUACUAGUACGAAAGCUCCUGAAGUGAGUUCAUCUGCACCUGGAGCCUCCAAUGAAAUCGACUAUCCAACUGAUUGUAAGGGAGACUUCAUGCCUCAUCAAGAUUGUACCAAGUACUAUCGUUGUGAUCAUGGAAAAUUGACCGAAUUCUCUUGUCAAUCUGGAUUGGUCUACCAUACGUCAUCGCACAUCUGUAAUUGGCCGGCAAACGCUGAUCGUGAAGAGUGCAAGAAAAAGUGAUUUGUUCUAAUUAUUUAUUUUAUAUAUAUUUUUAAUUUUAAGUUAUAUUGUACUGAAUUUUUUCUAUGAAAUAAAUUAUGUAUAUUAUUUUAGAAA